AUGGCAUUUUUUCUCCAAUUUCUCAAGUCCCAGCUCUGGGUUCGUCUGCCUAUCCCUUCGGACGAUUACUCAGAGCAAGUCAUCGCUAUCACAGGCGCGAAUACAGGAUUAGGAUUUGAAUCAGCUCGGCACUUCCUGCGUCUCGGUGCGGCAAACGUCAUAUUAUGUGUACGAACACGAGCCAAAGGCGAAUCUGCUGCGGACGAGCUGGUUCGGUCACUCCAUGUUUCACGUACUCGCAUUGAGGUGUGGGAGGUUGAUUUAGCUAGUUUUGCUAGUAUUGAAGCUUUUGGAGAGAAGCUGAAGAGUUUGAAGCGGCUGGAUGUCUUUGUUCAGAAUGCGGGUAUCUUGACUACCAAGUUUGCGAGAGUAGAAGGAUGUGAGAGUCAUAUUGCGAUCAAUGUCGUUUCUGCUGCGUAUCUUAGUGUUUUAGCAUUGCAAGUCCUCCAAAGGAGUUCGAUAGAAAAUGGGGCUAAGGGAAGAAUGGUAUUUGUUGGCUCUGACUUACACUUGAUUGCCAAAUUCAAAGAGAAGAACGAAAGUGGAAGCUUGUUGAAGGCUUUGAAUUCCGAAGCACUUGCAGAUAUGAACGAUCGUUACAAAGUCUCCAAACUUCUCCUGCUAUAUUUCGUACGCGACUUGGCUGUCAAAAAUCCAUACAAUGCUCCCUCUGUGUCGGAUCUCAAGCUCAAUAUGCCAAGUGUCGUAAUCGACUAUAUCACACCGGGCGCUUGCGACACGAGCAUUUUCCGUGAUGACGUUCAUUGGAUUCAGCAGGCCAUUAUAAAUGUAGCAGUACGGCUCAUUGCGCGCACUGCAGAGGAAGGAAGUCGGACUAUCCUUUCUGCCGUAUCUCCCAGCGUUGGAAGAGCUGAACAUGGUGCGUUCUUGAUGGACUGCAAGGUCGUUGCGUAA